AUGGUUACCUCAAAACAAUACUGGGCAACCUUUUACACACUUCUCCCCCUGUUUGGGAUGCUAAGCUUGGCAACCCAAUCAUUUCCUACUUACGUUGGAUCUUACUGUAACAACAAUACCACAUACGCACCUGACAGCAGACUAGGUAACAAUCUGAAUGUCCUACUCUAUACUCUAACAACCAAUGCCUCCCAACAACAGGACGGUUACUACAUGACAAUCAUGGGCUUCGGAACCACUGAUGCAGUCAACGGCCUGUUUCUCUGCCGCGGCGACCUCAACACCACCAUGUGCCAACAGUGUGUCGCCACCGCCGCCAAAGAGAUAACACGCCGCUGCACCAACCAAACCGAGGCCGUGAUCUGGUACGAGGAGUGUUUAUUGCGUUACACAAACAGGUACUUCAAGUACUACAGCAUCGUCCCCGGAUUGUACCUGCCGGAUGGUAACAACGUAUCUGCCGUUGACUUGCAACGGUUCAACCAAUCAUUGUUUAGUUUGUUCGAUGAGUUGACAACGGAAGCGGCGAAUUCCCCGUCUGCAAAGAAAUUCGCCACCGGGGAAGUUGGAGUAACCAGCUCUCAGACGGUGUAUGGGUUGGCGCAGUGCACCACAGACUUAACGAGUUCUCAGUGUGAGACGUGCUUACAAAGUGCCAUUGGAACUCUUCCGGCGUGUUGCAGUGGACAACAAGGCGCAAGUGCUAUGCUUUCGUCCUGUAUUGUCAGAUAUGAACUGUACCCAUUUUACAGUAAAACAGGGUUACCAUCUUCAUCUUCUUCAGGGAAAAAUAAACUUGGAACAAAAACAAUUGUCAUCAUUGUUUUCGCGGUCUUCAUUCCGGUAAAACUCUUACUUUUAGGCUGGUACUGCCUGCGGAGAAGAUCCAAGACGAAACGUAGGACAAUUCUAAAGGAAAAUUUUGGGGAUGAACUUAAAACUUUGGAGUCAUUACAAUUCAGUUUGGCUACAGUUGAAGCUGCGACAAACAAGUUUUCGCAGGAAAACAAAAUAGGCAAAGGAGGAUUUGGAGUUGUCUACAAGGGUGUUUUUUUGGAUGGACGACAAAUAGCAGUGAAGAAACUCUCAAGAAGUUCAGGACAAGGUUCACAUGAAUUCAAAAAUGAGAUUUUAUUAAUAGCCAAACUUCAACACAGAAAUUUGGUGACUUUAUUAGGAUUCUGCUUGGAAGAUCAAGAAAAAAUACUUAUAUAUGAAUAUGUGCCUAACAAGAGCCUCGAUUACUUUCUAUUUGAUACCAAGAAGCAAAGAAUAUUACAUUGGUUUGAGCGUUAUAAAAUCAUAGGAGGAAUUGCACGAGGAAUUCUUUAUCUACAUGAACAUUCACGACUUAAAGUCAUACAUCGAGAUCUGAAACCUAGCAAUGUGUUGUUAGAUGACAAUAUGAAUCCAAAAAUAUCAGAUUUUGGCUUGGCAAAAAUAGUUACAAUAGAUGAAGAACAAGGAAAUACUAACAGAAUUGUCGGAACAUAUGGUUAUAUGUCUCCAGAAUAUGCAAUGCAUGGCCAAUUUUCUGAGAAGUCAGACGUAUUUAGUUUUGGAGUCAUAAUUCUUGAGAUAGUUAGUGCAAAGAGGAAUGCUCGUCCUAUUGAAUCACACGAUUUUGAUGACCUCCUAAGCACUGCUUGGAGACAAUGGAGGAACCAAACACCCUUAGAAAUAUUGGACCCUAAUCUAAAAGAUUCAUUUUCCCCCAGUGAAGUUAUUAAGUGCAUUCAAGUUGGUUUAUUAUGUGUCCAAGAUAACCCAGAUAAUAGACCUACAAUGGCAAAAAUUGUUUCAUAUUUCGGCAGCCUUUUAGUUGAAUUGCCAAUUCCCGGAGAACCUGCAUUUUCCAUGGACAAUGGAGCACCUGCCUCGAGUUCGGGUCAAUCUACUAAUUAUUCUGCAGUAUCCUCAAUCAAUGACAUGUCUAAGAAUCCAUCAGAAAAUGCAACUGAUGCCAAUUUCCAAUCCAACCUGACUUCCCUAUUGGAUUCUUUAUCUUUAAAAGUUUCACUCCAGAGCUUCUACAAUGAUAGUAUUUCUAGUAACCUCUAUGGCCUCUUCCUAUGCAGGGGUGAUGUUUCCAGUGACACAUGCCAAAAUUGUACCAGAACUGCAAGUGAAGAAAUCAAAACCCGAUGUGAAUAUAACACAAGUGCAAUCAUCUGGUAUGAAAAAUGCAUGCUUCGGUACUCCAAAAAAAACUUCUUUGGAAAGGCACAAACUUAUCCAGAAGCAUUCAUGUGGAACGUCAACAAUAGAACUUCACCCAUUCAAGAUGAUAUCGAAGCACAAGCUCUGAUUUACCAAUUAAUAAAAGAAGCCUCAAAUACGGAUAUGCUGUUCAAAACAGGAAAAUCAUUGGGGAAAAAUGAGUCUCAGAAUAGAUAUGGGUUGGUUCAAUGCACAAGAGAUAUAAAUGGGAGUUCAUGCGCCACUUGUUUGUCUCAGUUGAUGAAGGAGGCUCAACAGUUUUGCCAACACAAGGUUGGGUGGCGCAUAAUGGGUCCAAGUUGCAAUAUAAGGUAUGAGAGGUAUAUCUUCUAUCAGCAUACUUUGGUGCCACCAGAUAUCUCUACAAAGCAGCUUGUCCUACCAGUUAUACCAAUUACAGUUGUUGCGAUCCUUUUGGGUUUAGGGUGGGUUUCAUGUUCUCUCUGGAAAAGCAGAAAAAGAGGAGGUGGAACAAGUGAUGAAAUUCAAGUCAAGAAUUUGAAAAGCUCAAGAAGGUCACACUUUAAGAAGCAAGGAAUGAAUGCAACACAUGAAGACAACAGUGGAGAAGUGCACUAUUUUAGUUUGAGAACGAUUAAGGUUGCUACCAACUAUUUCUCUGAUGGAGCUAAGCUUGGGGAAGGUGGCUUCGGACCAGUUUUCAAGGGGAAGUUGAUUAAUGGCAAGGAAAUAGCAGUUAAAAGGCUUUUAUUCAAAUCAAGGCAAGGCCUUGAAGAAUUCAAGAAUGAAAUGGUGUUAAUCGCCAAACUUCAACACAGAAAUCUUGUCAGGCUUUUGGGAUGCUGCCUCGAUGAAAAUGAAAAGCUUCUUGUCUAUGAGUACAUGACCAACACUAGUCUCGACGUUUUCCUGUUUGAUCCAAACAAACGUAUAGAGCUGGAGUGGCCAAAGCGGGUUAAAAUUAUAAAUGGAAUUGCAAAAGGCCUUCUGUAUUUACACGAGGACUCAAGGCUGAAAAUUAUCCAUAGGGAUUUAAAAGCUAGCAAUGUGUUGCUAGAUGAAGAGAUGAACCCAAAGAUAUCAGACUUUGGGACUGCUAGGAUUUUUGGGGGCAAUCAAAUUGAAGCAACCACUGAAAGAGUUGUUGGUACAUAUGGUUACAUGGCACCAGAAUAUGCCUUGGAGGGGUUAUUUUCCAUCAAGUCUGAUGUUUACAGCUUCGGAGUUCUGAUACUAGAAAUUAUGAGCGGGAGAAAGAACACUGGCUUCUACCAAUCAGAGCGUGGUCAUUGUAGUGGACAAAGCCUUAUAUCCGAUGCAUGGCGACUCUGGAGUGAAGGCAAGGGACUUCAAUUUAUGGAUCCUUUCUUGGUCAACUCUUGCCCCAUAGGUGAGGCGUUGAGAUGGAUCCAUAUUGGGUUGUUGUGCGUUCAAGAAAGACCCAUGGAUAGGCCCACCAUAUCAUCAGUUGUUCUCAUGCUUGGAAGUGCCAUUAAUAUUCCUCGACCAUCUGCACCUCCAUUUUCCAUAGGCAGAUAUUUUGCAUCUGAACAAUCUUCAACCACUGGAAGAGAGAUUGACUUUCUACCAUCUUCAAGUAAUGAUUCUAUUAAGGAAGUUUAAUAAGACCGAAAUG